AUGGACAAAAGGUCUUCCAAAAAGCGCAAGGUCGCGACCUCUUCUGACCCUAAAAUCACCGAUUCCCGUUUCGCCUCCAUCCAGACAGACCCACGCUAUCGUCUCCCCUCCAAAGCCCAUAAAGUCAAGCUCGAUGCACGUUUCUCGCGUGCCCUCAAGGAUGAUGACGAUUUCACCCGCCACGCGAAGGUGGACAGGUACGGUCGCCCACUAGAGGCGGAUUCUGAGCGAAAACGGCUUAAAAGAAAGUAUGAGUUCGAAGAUGACGGGGGCUCGGAAAGCGAUGAACCGGACGAUGACGAAGUCGUGCGACUGGAGAUGGAACGAGUGGGAGGUCCGAAGACCGUGAAGGGGAAGAGAGACCUAUUGAGAGAGGGUAGACCUGAAGAAGAGGAGGAUAGUAGCAGUGAUGAGAGCUCAUCCAGUGAAGAGGAGGACGAGGUGGAGGAGGCAGAACUAUCGCCACAGACUGGAAACGAAGUGCCAACGGGAGAAGUGUCCUCGAGGCUGGCGGUUGUGAAUCUGGACUGGGAUAAUAUUCGCGCCGAGGAUCUGAUGGCAGUGUUCUCCUCGUUUGUGGAGUCAAGCGGCAAGCUACUGAAAGUCGCCAUAUACCCAAGCGAAUUCGGAAAGGAGCGCAUGCAGAGAGAAGAGAUGGAGGGACCGCCCAAAGAGAUUUUUGCUAUUGGCCCCAAACCUGAGCACGGAAAGGAUGAGUUCGAGGAUUUUGGCUCCGAGUCUGAAAGCGAGGACGAUGACGAAGCUCUCAAAGAGAAGCUGAUCAAGCCCGACGAUGGUGCGACCGACUUCGAUUCUCAAGCCCUCCGCAGCUACCAACUCGAUCGGCUCCGCUACUUCUACGCCAUCCUCACCUUUUCUUCUCCCGUCGCUGCCAAGCACAUAUAUGAUGCAGUGGAUGGCACCGAGUACCUCUCCACCGCCAACUUCUUCGACUUGCGCUUCGUUCCCGACGAAACAGAUUUCUCUACAGAUGAGCCACGCGAAGUAUGCGAAAGCAUAUCUAGCAGUUAUAAGCCUAACGAGUUCGUCACGGACGCCUUACAACACAGCAAGGUCAAGCUGACCUGGGAUGCUGAAGACACCAAUCGUAAAGAAGCCGCAGCCGCAGCUUUUCGAAGCAAGGACAUUCGUGAUAUCGAGGGUGUUGAUCUGGCCGCGUAUAUCGGCUCUGACUCUGACUCGGACGUUGAACCCGAAAACGAAGUCAAUGCUUCGAACGCCGGCGACGGCCUUUCUAAAAAGGAAACCGAACGCCAGAAGUUGCGGUCCCUCCUGGGACUUGCGUCUGACCCCGCACCCUCAAAGUCAAAGAAGGAUAGGGCACCCGUCGGCAACGUCGAGAUCACAUUCUCCGCCGGUCUCACUUCCGGUGAUGCUGACAAAAAGCGCGGCGUCUUCGAGAAUUCGCUUGAGGAGCUCGAGGAAACCACUAUCGAGAAGUAUGUCCGCAAGGAAAAGGAGCGCAAGGCUCGUAGACGGGAGAAAGCGAAAGCCAUACGUGAAGGCCGCCCCGUUCCCGAUGAGCUGGAGGACGGCGAGCCUACAGGAGCUGCCGAAGAGGAAGCUGCGGAGGAAGACGAUGCAGGUUUCAACGACCCCUUUUUCGCCGAUCCCUCCGACCCCUCCACAGCACAAGCCGCCAUGUCGGAGAAGAAGAAGCUCCGCAAGGAGGAGCGUCUGAAAAAGCGCCUCGAGCGGGAAGCCGAAGAGGCAGCGGAGCAGAAGUCCCGCGCGGAGCUGGAGUUGCUGAUGGCAGACGACCGCAAUAAAGACGGCGAGGGUUUGCGGCACUUUGACAUGCGCGACGUGGAGAAGGCGGAGAAGGCGGCGAGGAAGAAGCACCUCAAGAAGGGUAAGAAUAAGAAGGACAAGGACCGUUCGGCAACGGUCGAGGGCGACCAGUUCCAGAUGGACACCGCCGACCCGCGCUUCGCGGGGCGGUUGUUCGGGAAUCAUGAGUUCGCCAUCGACCCCACGAAUCCGCGCUUCAAGGGCACGAAGGGCAUGCAGAACUUGUUGGAGGAGGGGCGGCGGCGGAAGAAGACGUCGCAGGGUGGGGAGCGGGAGACCGAGGGUGAUGGCAAGAGCAAGAGCAAGAGCAAAAGCAAGAAAGAGGCCGCUGGCCUGAACGGUCAGGGCGACCGAGACGACGUCAAGCGUUUGGUUGAGAAGAUCAAGAAGCGCAAGGCUUAG